CUCACUUAGGAGCUUCUCCAUUCUAUCAGCUUUCCGGGAACAUCCAAAGAAAGACUGACGCGCAUAGCAGUGACUAACCACAUACCCGCCUCCAGGCACCAUGGAGUCCUUCAGCUCAAAGAGUCUGGCUCUGCAAGCAGAGAAGAAGCUACUGAGUAAGAUGGCAGGUCGAUCUGUGGCUCAUCUCUUCAUUGAUGAGACAAGCAGCGAGGUGCUAGAUGAGCUCUACCGUGUGUCCAAAGAAUACACGCACAGCCGGCCCCAGGCCCAGAGGGUUAUCAAGGACCUGAUCAAGGUGGCUGUCAAGGUGGCUGUGCUACACCGCAGUGGCUGCUUUGGCCCUGGUGAGCUGGCUCUGGCUACCCGCUUUCGCCAAAAGCUACGGCAGGGAGCCAUGACGGCACUUAGCUUUGGUGAGGUGGAUUUCACCUUCGAGGCUGCUGUGCUGGCAGGUCUGCUCACCGAAUGCCGAGACAUGCUGCUGGAGCUGGUGGAGCACCACCUCACGCCCAAGUCACAUGGCCGUAUCCGCCAUGUGUUCGAUCACUUCUCUGACCCGGGCCUGCUCACCGCCCUGUAUGGGCCUGAUUUCACUCAGCAUCUUGGCAAGAUCUGUGAUGGGCUCAGGAAGCUGCUGGAUGAGGGGAAGCUCUGAGAGCCCGGAACCUAGUACAUUCAACCUUGGCAAAAUAGUUGACUGAGAAAACAGUGUAAUGGGCUUUCUAACCCUGCUCAUCUGCACUAAUGCUCGUCAGUCCUCUGGCUUCAUUCUCUCCCAAGACUGCUUU